UUUAUUAUUUAUGGUGGGUUUUGCAUCGGCAAUUCGCGCGACGGUUCGUAUGAGCGUCCACCUGAAGCUCGAGGAAGCCAAGUACACGGGCCUGCUGCAUCUGGCGCAGAGACGGCUGCGCAAUGUUCCCACAGACCUCUUUCGCCUCAACUACUCGGCACUCUACCGCCUCGAUCUCGGAUUUAACCAUAUCCAAACGAUCCCUGACGCGAUCGGUCAACUGACGUCCCUCGACGCUCUUUGGCUCAACGACAACCCCAUCACGUCGCUGCCGCCCUCUAUCUAUAAGUGCGCGAAUCUCCAAGUGCUUGACGUGAAUCGCACCGCUCUCACCGACCUGCCCUGCGAAAUGGGUCGCCUGACACAACUGACAAUCCUCGACAUGGAGGACGUUCCACUACGACCGAAGCUCCUCGCGGCUGCAACUGCCGACCCCGCCAACGUCUGUGGCAAAACCCUUGCGUAUCUUCAUCGAAAGGAUGUUCGGCGGCGUCAAAAGCAAGAACUUUACGACAAACUCAAAGACGGCCCGUAUCUGGAAAGCGCUGAUUCGAACGAAGGUCAAGCAAUGAUUCAGUCGGUGAUGAAGCGCGUGCUCAAAGAGUUCCAGACGGAAGAGGACGUCAAGAGCCUCAUCCGAAACAUCGAGCGGUUGUUCCCGGCCAGCCUCAUCAAAGCGCAGGAUCCGACGACUGCCGCAUCCGUGCGUGCCGCGUUCAUGGACCUCAAGCGGGACAACGAAAAGAAGAAGCUAGCAGCCGAGCUCGAGCUCAAAAUUCGAAACAUCUACUUCGAUUGCAUCGAUCCGUCCACUGUCGAACCAAUGGUUGCGGUAAGUCACCGUUGCAGAUGUUGCCGUCAUGCGUCGUCCCCAUGCCAACGAAAGCGCAGUCCAUCUAUUUGGAGAUCAAAGCACUCAGUGACAUCAAGUUCCUCAUCCGUCAUGCUACGGUGCUUUUCCCACCCACUGCAGACGAGGUCAACGGGGCCGACCUGCGAAAGAAGCUGGUGGGAUUGCAAGAAGACAUGGCGAGAGAACGCGCGGCAGCCAUCGAAAAAGUGUUGCUGGCAUUGACAACCAUUUACUCCGACACAGACCCCGACAAGAUCAAGUCACUCGUUGCGCAAGUCGCACCGCUCUUCAAGGUAAGCAAGACGCUUUGUCGUCUCGAGCGGUGUGUUCCUCUGUCUCACACCCGGUAUUCCCGAUAUCAGAACGUGAAAGACCUGAAGGCUCUGGCCGCAGAUGCUGGUUUGCACUUCCCCAGCGAGUUCCUCAACGCUUCUGCUCCAGACAUUCGUUCCAGUUUCUUGCGCAAAGCCGCCGAGUCCGGCGUCCCGCCUCCCGCAUCCUCCAAGUGACGCAAUCAAGGUAUCAAAAAGAUAAAAUACCCAAUGGUUGUAUUUUAAUUUGAAUUCCGAUUGCCUUCAUCAAAG